AGACACUGGUUUGGGCAUAACACAAUGACGCUAAAAUUAGGUGCUGUGUUUGAGAAUUCAAAUUGUCUGUUGAGUCGCAGAACCAGGUACCAGUUUCUGGCAACGUUUCUGGUGAACAUUUCGACUUUUGCUCAUGGCAUCGGCGUAGGUUGGAUGUCGCCGGUGAUGCGGGAUCUGCAAACUACACAAUCGCCGCUAAGCUUUUCGGUGUAUGUGGAGGAGGUAUCCUGGAUUGGCUCAUCGCUGGGCAUCGGCAGUAUCAUUGGCAAUUUACUCGCUGGCCUGUUACAGGAUCGCAUAGGACGCAAGCCCAUUAUGUAUGCUCUAACUGUGCCAUAUGUGUGCUUCUGGUUGCUGUCCUACUUCGCAGAGACUGUAGAGUAUCUGUACUUGGCGCGACUUCUGGCUGGCAUUACCGGAGGUGGUGGCUAUAUUGUGCUACCAAUUUUCAUAAGCGAAAUUUCAGAUGAUAAAGUUCGUGGUCGACUCGCCUCCAUGGUCAUGCUGUCGGUCAACAUCGGCAUUCUUGUGGGUUAUGUACUAUCCACAAGUGUUACAUACUACACGGCGCCUCUAUUUAUCAUUCCCCUGCCCAUUUGUUACUUUAUAAGCAAUCUGUUUUUGCCGGAAACUCCAUUCUAUCUCAUCAACAAUGGCAAAUUUGGUGCUGCUGAAAAGUCCUUUAGAUAUUAUAAGAACAUCAAGGAUGACGAUAAAAGUUCCAUACUGGAAUUUGAAGAUAUUAAACACAAACUGACAAAAGAAAAUGGGUUGAAAGUAAAUGCCCUCAAUUACAAAGAUUUUCUUACUAGACCUGCUCUGAGGGCUUACGGAACUGCAAUGGUUCUUGUAGUGGCCAAUCAAUUUACGGGCACCUUCUGCUUUACCACUUACUUAUCGGAUACUUUUGCACUCUCCCACACAACCCUGGAUGUGAGCAUGUGCACCAUUGUCAUUGGUGUGGUUCAGAUUGUGGGCGCCUAUACAACCACAUUGAUAUGUGAUAAAUUCGGACGUAAGAUUCUCCUCUUAAUCUCCACUUUGGGCGCUUCGAUCUGCCUGGCUGCCUUUGGUUGUUUCAUCUACUUUGCGGAGAUCUAUGAUCUAUCGGCAGUUGAUUGGUUACCUUUGGUUAUACUUUCGCUGGAUAUAUUUAUGUGCCAACUUGGUCUGAUUGGUGUUUUCUUUGUGGUGCUGGUGGAGGUGAUGCCAGCUAAGAUUCGCUCUGCAGCUGUCUCGACUUUUGUUGUCAUCCUUAGUUGCACUGUUUUUGUGGCACUCAAAAUCUUUCCACUCUGCAUGCAAUAUUGGGGCAUUUCCAUAACCAUUUGGAGCAUGAGUCUUUUUGCAAUUGCCAGCUUUGUGUAUUUCCUUAUCUUUCUCGAAGAAACGAAUAGCAAAUCGAUGCUGGAUUCUUAGCAUAUAUUAUACCUAUACAUAUGUAUUAAAUCAGACUUUCUAGUCUA